GUCUACAAUGUAGGUGGUCCAUACCCAUAAACAAGAGCCGAACGCUAGGAAUGGAUGGGCUAUUAUUGUAAAUAUCAUGGUGUUUGGUUGAUAAGCCACCUCCGCCCCUCACUCACAACGUCGCAGCUGUUGCCAUUGCCAGUUUGACACUGCCAACGACGCUCCUCGCAGCUGGCAACAGUCGGCACCUCUUCGCACGAUCCUCACGAUUUCUCCAACACAUCACGACCAUCACAAUGAGAGACCAUGGCGCCUAUCCAGACUCACCCACAGAGGUUGAGAAACUGGGCCUCCUUGAAGAACAAUUGGUUUCUGAAGUAGGCAGUGAACAUGAGAGCUACGAUUUCGAUCCGAAAAACUACAUUACUACGUCGGUCCAGCCUCUACAGUCGGCAGCGAGUAUUCUAUCCACGCAGAUUCGUUCAACAUCAUGGAAACGUUCGCUGUCCAGCGUUGUUGUGUUUAUCACACCCAGUUUCAUGCAGCACAACGGUAGAGAAAUGAUCAGACCAGCCAAGCUAUAUCCUACCUCUUAUCUCGAUGGUAUCCGUGGAUUGGCUGCACUGUUUGUAUUCUUCUGCCACUUUUUCUACCAGGCUUUCAACAUCGCUGAAGGCUGGGGCACCAACGAGAAUAACUACCACUUUCUCAAACUCCCAUUUAUUCGACUCUUUUAUCAGGGAGCUCCAGCUGUUUGCGUCUUUUUUGUCAUCUCAGGCUAUGCGCUCUCCUACCGCCCACUGAAGUUCGUUCGCAGUCGGUCUCCAGCGGACUUCUCCAACGCGAUCAGCUCCCUAGUCUUCCGACGUGGUAUUCGCCUGUUCUUACCUACUGCUACGUCAAUGUUCAUCAUUGUCGUCCUCCUCCGUAUCGGAGUCUACGACUGGAGCAGAGACUUUGCCAACGAUAGAAGAUUCCUCAAGAACUUUGCCGAACCGCAUCCUGAAUGCCUCCCUACCAUCUAUAUCCAAUUCCAUCAUCUCAUGAUGACAAUCUUCCAAUUCAUCCACAUCUUUGACUGGGACCAAUAUGGAGGUUCUACCAUUCUUGAUGUCCAUUUGUGGACUAUUCCUGUCGAAUUUCGCUGCUCUCUGUUCCUGUUUCUGGUUCUUGUUGGAACCGCUCGCCUGCAAACAAAAUACAGAUACCUGGCUGUUGGCGGUUGUAUUUUCUUCUGCUACUGCAAUUCCAGAUGGGAACUUUGCCUUUUCCUUUGGGGCAUGCUUCUCGCUGAGAUGGAUCUUGUUCGAGACGCUCAUUCCGGUCCCGUACCCCCACCAUUCUUAGAGGUGGUUUCUAAAUGGAAGAUGCCUACAAAAGCCCCUUCCUUUUGGGCGUUUAUCAUCGUCAUCAGUCUUUACUUGAUGUCCAUGCCGGAUGUCAAUCCUGAACUGGCCCCUGGCUGGGCAACUCUGACAAGCAUGAUCCCCAGCUGGUGGGUUGGGGAGCGAUACAGAUUCUGGCAAUCAAUAUCCGCUGUUCUGUUUAUAUGGGCUGUGGGACACUGCACUUCCUGGCAAAGCUUUUAUAACAGUGAUGUGGUCCAAUACUUUGGCAAGCUGUCGUAUGCGCUUUACUUGGUACACGGACCGGUACUUCAUUGCAUCGGCUAUCAAAUUCAAAAAAUGACGUGGGGUAUCACCGGCGUGGAAGGCCAUGCAUACAACCUUGGCUUCGUAAUGUCCGGGUUCUUCAUCAUCCCAAUCACUAUUUGGAUAGCAGAUAUGUUUUGGAGAGGCGUGGACAUUCCUACUGUCAAAUUUGCCAAAUGGGUGGAGAGCAAGCUCGUUUAUCGAGCUUAAGGAGCAGAGACUGUAUCCCUUAAGGUAUGAGAAUCCUGGGAGCUUGAUGAAGAUUCGGUUUAGUAAUGAGUGUUGUAUUUUGUUUUUUCGAUUCUCUCCCAAUCUUUGAUGGCGGUAGAUACACUUGCGCGUAUACAUAUGGGUAGCAAUCUAUGAUCUUAUAUGUCACAAUUCGGCCUGCUCUUGUUCUUGGUCACCCUCUUCCCUGUGAUACACCCUGUUCCCUGCGACCCAAGUUUCUCUGACCUUGACAUUGCGUAGGUCUUCUGUCGAAAGACUUUCCAAAGGCGCAUCCAAUACAACCCAGUCCGCGAAGGCACCCUUUGUUAUUUGGCCAGCCUUGCCCUCCAUAAAGGCUCCAUAUGCAGGACUACCAGUAAAUCCCCACAGAGCUUCAUCGAGACUAAGCGCUUCUUCCAAAUGCCAACCACUCUUACUUCCAUCGGGAGCUGUGCCAGUAUGUGGGCUAAGUCGUGUAAUGGCAGCGUAUAUACCUUCAAAAGGAUUUGGCGGUUCGACUGGGAAAUCGCUACCUAGAAUUGGAUCAAUGUCGAGAAGGGACUUCAUCCGGUAUGCUUCCUCAGCCGUGCGCUUUGGACCGAGGCGAUCUUCUGCAUACUUCAUAUCAGAUGUAGCAUGUGUGGGUUGAAUAGAUGGGAUGAUCCGAAGCUUGUGCAUACGGGCCUGAUCGUCCGGGUGGAUGAUUUGUGCAUGCUCAAUACGGUGACGGAAGCGAGCCUGGCACUUGUACAAAUCAUCUCCAUCUACUUCAGGACACUCUUGUUUAAGCGCCGUUUCGAGUGCAUCUAUGGAGUUGCGGUUGGCCAAAUCACCGAUGGCAUGGAUAUUUACCUGAAACCCAUGAGCUGCCCACAACUUAGCGACGGUGGCUAAAGAUGAUCCAUUGAUCAGAAGAGAUCCAGAUGACCAUGGGUGGUCGGAGUAUGGCUCCAGCAUGGCGCUACCCCAGCUACCAAGAGCUCCAUCAGCAAAUAGCUUAACGCUGUGGACAGUCAAGCGCCCGUCAGCCCGGGCAAUCUUGUUUGCAUUUUGUGGGCAAAAGGUGUUUCGAGUGUCACAUUCCAACAUGGAAUAUAUCCUAACAGUCCAAUCGUCCGAAUCCGCGAGUGUGUUGUAGAGUUCAACUUGACUUGGGACAGUGCUUGCAUCGUGUACUCCCACAAGGCCAAGUUCAUUUAGCUUUCGCAUCGCACUCUUGACAGCUACUGCUUGCAUCUCAACACUUGGCUUUGGCCAUAGUGGCAUAACCAUAUCAAGGGCAUUGUCGCAGAAGACACCAAGUCCGGGAUCUCGUACAACUUCGCCACCAGGAACAUCCGGGAUUGGAGUCGGUAUCAAGUCAAGAACAGCUUGUGAGAUCCACGAGCAGUGAACGUCGGCUCGAUCUAGCAUGAUAAAAUGGCCUCGUAGCUCUUCGUCCUGUUCAAAAUCAUC